AUGUCGUCGCCCUCUGGAUCAAUGUUCGGUAGCUACCACGACAGCACUUCCUCCAGCCGGGGCUCCACGUGCGCGUAUCCCAGUUGGCCCACGGGCAAGUCACUGAACGCCUUCCACACCAGCGCACCCAGCGCAUUCAUCAGCGACUCUGAUCUCUUCGGCGACGAUGUCGACGAUGAAUCUGGCCUCAUCACUCCGCCACUUCUCCACGAAGCACCUGCACCGCCACGCCAGCUACCUCUCGGCCAAGCAUUCCCUCUGUUGCCACUCUAUGCCUCCGAGAAACCCAAGUCGAAGCGCAGGCGCAGCAGCGGACGCAAGCAACGCCGCCCGUCUAAGCCAAUGACUCCCAUUUCAGAAUCACCUGAGACCCCAGAAUGA